AUGUACUCCUUCGCCAUCAUAUGUCUCAUUGGCUCCACCACGAGCACCAUAGACUGGAGCAGUGUCAUUCUGGACCCUCCAAUCGGCACGUCCGCGAUCGGAGGCGAGGUGGAUCUGGGUGGGAUAGUCCUCGAUCCCCCAGUCGAAUCGACACCUGUUGGGAACCAGUUGGACUGGAGUGGGAUCACCAUCGAACCCCCAGUCCAGCCGGCCACUAAUGGGAGCCAGAUAGACUGGAGCGGAGUCAACCUUGAUGGACCGGUCCACCCAACUACUGGGGACGACCCGGCAUGGUCCACAAGGCCUCCCGAGGAUCCGAGGAACGAGCCAAUCGACAACAACAAGACCGCCGUGGCUGACAACGAGGCUCCACCAAACGACGAAGGCACGACUCCCCGUGGUUGCUCAACCGCAUUAUUGGGAGUCGUCCUCGGCGUGUCGAUGGUUGGCCUCAUCGUCAGCAUUGUCCAAGUGUGGUUCCUCAAGAGUCUAUUAAACCGGCAGUCCAUACAGACGCCGGAAAACGUAGACCUGGAGAAAGGGAAUAGGUAA